GGAACCUAGAUCUAACAUUAUACAAUGGGCUUGACAGCGAACAAAUGUUUAAUCUGUAAGCGGUUUAGGAGAGUGUGUUGGUGACAGAGAGAGAGCGCGCGUCUUCGGUUCUGUAUGAUUCAUCAUGGCGAGUUCUACAGCCGUCCCCCCAUCAGCAGCGAACGCUCCAUCUCUCAAGGGCUCCGGUAAAGAUGUAUCCACCAGAAACGGCAUGGAAGACAGUGUCCACAGCUUCAAGGCGGCUGACCUGGUCAUUGAGCUGUCCCAGACCCACAAGGCCAAACCUGACCUGACCAAUCUAGUGUUUGGAACUGUGUUCUCUGACCACAUGUUGACCAUAGAGUGGACCAGCAAUGGAGGCUGGCAGAAACCUCACAUCAAGCCCUUUGGUAACCUGUCUCUCCACCCGGCCUGCUCAGCCAUGCACUACGCUGUGCAGUUGUUUGAGGGUAUGAAGGCAUACCGAGAUGCUGAUAACAAAGUGCGUCUCUUCAGACCCAUGCUCAACAUGAACCGUAUGGCCAAGUCUGCAGAGAGGGCCUGCCUGCCGGCCUUUGACAGGGCAGAGUUGGUAGAGUGUAUCAGGAGGCUGGUACAGGUGGAUCUGGAGUGGGUACCCAAGUCAGACUCUGCCAGUCUCUACAUGCGACCCACUUUCCUGGGUACUGAGCCGUCUCUAGGAGUGAAGAAGCCAUCCCGUGCUCUGCUUUAUGUGAUCCUGAGUCCUGUUGGUUCCUAUUUCAGUACAGGAGCUAAGCCUGUCUCUCUCUGGGCCGACUCCAAAUACAUCAGAGCCUGGAGAGGAGGGACUGGAGACUGUAAGAUGGGAGGGAACUACGGAGCAUCUAUCUACGCCCAGUAUGAAGCCGUGGAUUAUGGGUGCCAGCAGGUCCUCUGGCUGUACGGAGACGACCAUCAAAUCACAGAGGUCGGAACCAUGAACAUGUUCCUCUUCUGGAAUAAUGAGAAUGGAGAGGAGGAGCUGGCAACACCCCCUCUGGAUGGAAUAAUCCUACCUGGGAUCACGCGGCAGAGCAUCCUGGAACUCACCAGGAAAUGGGGGGAGUUUAAGGUGUGUGAGCGGUACCUGACCAUGGCAGACCUGCGCUGUGCUCUGAAAGAGGGCCGUGUUAAGGAGAUGUUUGGCUCUGGUACUGCAUGUGUGGUCAGUCCCGUGGGACGCAUACUCUACCAGGGAGAGAACCUACAUAUCCCCUGCCAGGAGGAUUUCCCCCAGCUGGCCUCUAGACUGAUGAAGGAGCUCACAGAUAUACAGUACGGCCGGACCCAGAGUGACUGGUCUGUCCUCGUGUAACCAAGACAAAGUGGUGUGGGUAUCUGGGACAAGCACACACAAACUGCAUAUGCAUAUACGCAGACACACACACACUCAGUUUGAAAUCCCAUAGGGUCAGUAGCAAUAUUAUUCCACUCUAACUCUGCUCAAAUUGUGCACGACCUCCCCAUUAACACGCCCUGCCCUGCGCAGAACUGACACGCAGACGGCGCAGAUCUCAAUAGUCUUCCCCGGUGUGGCAGCCCUGCUAAAGGGUUAGCUCUAAAAUAUUACCAGCACAAGGCUUAGAGGAGUAGCAAUGACCAGCAACUAAUGUUAAACCACUUUGACUCAGUAGCCCUUUAGAAGGGUCAUGUUACUUAUGCAGAGGUUAUGUAUUUCAGUAUCGUUACAUGCACGUGUGUGUUUGAACCCCUGUCAUGCGAAAACCUUCUUUUUGAGUAUGGCAUUUCUAUUUUUAAUAGAUGAUUUUAGAAUUGUAUUUCGCACAAUUAUAUACAUUUUAAUGUGAGCUUAAAUGACGGAGCAAGUUUAUCAUGGAACGCAGUUUAGUACUGCUAAAAGAGAAUGAUGAAUGAAUUCAAAGAGGGCACCGGAAAUAAGCCCUGAUAUAUCAGAGUGAGAGAGAUCCCUGACGCCUGAAGCUUGGAACCUAGAGUGGUAGAAUGAUACACCAACCACUGGUAUCAAAGAAAGCACAAGUCGAAGUAGCACGUAGUAAUAUCAUUCCACGCCAGUUGCUGUGCACAAUCAAGUGUGUGAUGCUUAAUGUCAAAAUGUAUGUUAUAUCUACAAUCUGUUGAUGGUGACGCCUAAUCAAACAUAAUACUGGUCAUUUGUGUAGAGAUGUACUAUCAUGGACCAAUGUCUGUCAUUUACUGUAGACCUGUAUUGACCUAAAUUUACUGUAGACCUGUAUUGACCUAAAUUUACUGUAGACCUGGAUUGUCCUAUAUUUACUGUAGACCUGGAUUGUCCUAAAUUUACUGUAGACCUGGAUUGACCUAAAUUUACUGUAGACCUGGAUUGACCUAAAUUUACUGUAGACCUGGAUUGACCUACAUUUACUGUAGACCUGGAUUGACCUAAAUUUACUGUAGACCUGGAUUGACCUACAUUUACUGUAGACCUGGAUUGUCCUAAAUUUACUGUAGACCUGGAUUGACCUAAAUUUACUGUAGACCUGGAUUGACCUAAAUUUACUGAAGACCUGGAUUGACCUAAAUUUACUGAAGACCUGGAUUGACCUAAAUUUACUGUAGACUUGGAUUUACCUAAAUUUACUGUAGACCUGGAUUGACCUAAAUUUACUGUAGACCUGGAUUGUCCUAAAUUUACUGUAGACCUGGAUUGACCUAAAUUUACUGUUGACCUGGAUUGACCUAAAUUUACUGUAGACCUGGAUUGACCUAAAUUUACUGUAGACCUGGAUUGACCUAAAUUUACUGUAGACCUGGAUUGACCUAAAUUUACUGAAGACCUGGAUUGACCUAAAUUUACUGUAGACCUGGAUUGACCUAAAUUUACUGUAGACCUGGAUUUACCUAAAUUUACUGAAGACCUGGAUUGACCUAAAUUUACUGUAGACCUGGAUUAACCUAAAUUUACUGUAGACCUGGAUUGACCUAAAUUUACUGUAGACCUGGAUUGACCUAAAUUUACUGUAGACCUGGAUUGACCUAAAUUUACUAUAGACCUUGAUUGACCUAAAUUUACUGUAGACCUGGAUUGACCUAAAUUUACUGUAGACCUGGAUUGACCUAAAUUUACUGUAGACCUGGAUUGACCUAAAUUUACUGUAAACCUGGAUUGACCUAAAUUUACUGUAGACCUGGAUUGACCUACAUUUACUGUAGACCUGGAUUGACCUAAAUUUACUGUAGACCUGGAUUAACCUAAAUUUACUGUAGACCUGGAUUGACCUAAAUUUACUGUAGACCUGGAUUGACCUAAAUUUACUGUAGACCUGGAUUAACCUAAAUUUACUGUAGACCUGGAUUGACCUAAAUUUACUGUAGACCUGGAUUGACCUAAAUUUACUGUAGACCUGGAUUGACCUAAAUUUACUGUAGACCUGGAUUAACCUAAAUUUACUGUAGACCUGGAUUAACCUAAAUUUACUGUAGACCUGGAUUAACCUAAAUUUACUGUAGACCUGGAUUAACCUAAAUUUACUGUAGACCUGGAUUGACCUACAUUUACUGUAGACCUGGAUUAACCUAAAUUUACUGUAGACCUGGAUUAACCUAAAUUUACUGUAGACCUGGAUUAACCUAAAUUUACUGUAGACCUGGAUUAACCUACAUUUACUGUAGACCUGGAUUGACCUAAAUUUACUGUAGACCUGGAUUGACCUAAAUUCACUGUAGACCUGGAUUAACCUAAAUUUACUGUAGACCUGGAUUAACCUAAAUUUACUGUAGACCUGGAUUGACCUAAAUUUACUGUAGACCUGGAUUAACCUAAAUUUACUGUAGACCUGGAUUGAC